AUGUCUGGAAGCAUAUAUUUUAAAUCCGCUGAUAAAUGUUUAUUUGAAAGAUGCAAUUUUUCAUUUGUACAAGCCACUAUGAUGACAUCCUGUUCAUUUAUUGACUUUUUAAACGAUAAUUGCAUAUUCUAUGUGAGAACAGAUAAAACUAAGCCUUUAUAUUCAAAUAAAAAUAUUACAAUUUAUCUUGGUGACAUUAUAUUUACAGACAACGUUCCAAUUCCAAAUAUUGAAAAUCAUCCUAUUCCAAUUCCAAAUAUUUAUUCAAACACCACUAAACUUAAACCAAAAGAAUCAAUGAAAUUUAAUUUCAUUACAGAAACAUUCGAAAUAAAUGACUGUCAAUUUAUCGAUUUGAGUUUUCCAGCAGAAAAUGGAUCUGCAAUAAACAUCUACCGUCCAAUGUAUGAAUAUAUUUUGUAUGAUCCGAAAAUUAGUGUCGAAUCAUGUUAUUUCUAUAACUGUAUUAGUGAAUCCAAUCCAGCAGUAUUGUCCAUAUCCUAUAUUAAUUGCAGUGUAACCAUUAAAAAGAUGUGUUCGUUCAAUUGUGCAGGUGCUAUUUACAUGAUUUCAAAUAUUAAUACUCUCUCGACAAUUAAUUUUAAUUCUUCUACCAUUUUCUCAAAUAGCGAUAAUUCUUUGAAGAAUGACAUAACUGCCAUACGAUUCAAUGCAGAAGGUGCCAAUCAUUAUUCAUAUAGUUUUGGAUGUAACCAAACCCAUGGAAGUUAUAAUUUUGCAGCAAGUAUUUCUGUGAAAUUGAAUGUUUCAUUUUCCCAUUAUGAAAAUUUGACAUCUAUGCUAGGUUUCGCGCAUCCUCUUUCAUCAUUUAUUAAUUGCAACUUUGUUGAAAUUAUUUGUUAUCCAGGAGUUAUCCGUCUACAUGAAUUUAUUCCAAAUUUAACAUUUAAUAAUUGUGUGUUUUGCAAAACAAAUUAUCUUGAUAUCUUCGAAUAG